UAGGCACUAGCCUCAAAGGAAAGAAAAAAAAAAAAAGGUCAAAGUUCCACGUAAGAACAUACUUGUGUGGUUGACUGCAUGACAAGUGUAUAGUUGGCUACAUAUUAUUUUCUCAGAUCCAAGCAAACAAAAAUGCAACUUUUUCUCAUCUCUCUAUCCAACUCCCUAACAAUUAACAUUUUCAUUUGGUGAAGAAAUUCCUCAACUAAGCAGCUAACAGGCAAUUAAAGAUGGGCUCAGAAACAUUCCUAGAAGUCUUACUUGCCAUACUUCUUCCUCCAGUCGGUGUUUUCCUCCGCUAUGGCUGUGGGAUCGAGUUUUGGAUCGAUUUGUUGCUGACUCUGUUGGGCUAUAUUCCAGGAAUUAUAUAUGCGGUUUACGUGUUAGUUGGAUGAUCAAUAAGUUUUCGUUUUUCGAUUAUUUAUUUUCUUCUCUUUUUUGGGAUCAAAAGUUGUUAGUUGCCUAGUUAGCUAUAGAAUGGUCAAAUUUUUCUAUUCAUUUUUCUUUCUAUAUCAAUUACGUAAUUGAAGAUUUAUGUUCUCUUUGGUUAAUUUUUCUAGCAAUUGUUAGUUUUUUCCACGUAUCAAAGAAAAUGAAUAAAAAGUAUGACUUUUUUCUCUUAA